GCAGGCCUGGAGCUGGCUCGCGAGGCGGCGCUUCAGGCCGAUGCUGAAGCCAAGUCAAAGUCACGACCACAGGCUGACACGGGAGGUGUCGGCGACCUGGGCAGCGCAGCAGCUGAAAAGCUGUUGGCCAGUCGCGUGGCUGAGCUGGAGGCGCAGCUUGCGGAAGCACAGCGCAGCUCUACAGAUGCCCGUGAGGCUUGUGAAGCCAUGGACGGCUCUGCCACGCGUGCCCGCGUGCGGGACUUGGAAGCCCAGCUGGCACGUGCUGAAGAAAAUGCUGCCAGCCUGAAGGAAGCAGCCAGCCGUGCGGCAGAAAGGUUGCAAGAGCAAGCCGUCAAGGAGCGGCAGCUGGAACGACAGCUGGCAGACUCACUCGGCAGCUCUUGGCCGCUUCGAUCAGUGAUCGGUGCGGUCGAGGGCGUUUCCAACACUGUGCGGGCAGCAACUGGGCGCUGCAUGCGGCCGAAUCGCGGCUACGAGCCAACGCCUUCGAUCUGA